UACAAUCCACCUAAUAAAAACAUAGUGCAAAAGAAAGAAAAAAAAAAAGAAAAUGGACAGUGAGAGCGGAAUUCCAAUUCUAGAUUUCCGUAAGAUCAACGGGAUUACAUUAGAAGAAGGAAGUGAAGAAUGGAAAGAAAUGAGUAAAAAAGUUAAAGAAGCAUUUGAAAGUCACGGUAUGUUUCUCUUAAGGUGUGAUGAAAUAUCGAAAGAAUUACAAACAGAAAUGUUCACAAGCAUAAAAUCUUUGUUUGAUCUACCUGAGGAGACAAAGUCCAAGUUCACUGGAAAAAGAGUUUAUAGGGGCUAUUCAUCGAAUGGUGUUGCCCUUCCUAAUAGUCAAACAUUUGGUAUUGAUGAUACUUUUGAUCCAAAUGAGACUAGAAGCUUCACUAAUCUCAUGUGGCCAGAAGGAAAUCCAAAUUUUUGCGAGGCACUAACUUCGUUUAGCUCAGAAGCACGGGAGUUAAGCUCAUUUAUCCUAAAGAUGGCUGUGGAGGGAUUAGGCCUUCCAAAAAAGUACUUUUCAGAAAUUAAAGAGUUGUGUAGAGGUAAUGAUACUCGACUAACAAAGUAUCCACUUCCUAAAGAAACAAAUGAUGCUGCGAUUACUUUUGUUCCUCACACAGACAGAUCAUGUCUUACUUUUAUAAGUGAGAAUAAAAUUCAAGGUCUGCAGUUGCUACAGAAAUCAGGCAAUUGGGUUAACGUAAAUGUUCCUCCAAAUGGUUUUAUUGUAACGGUUGGUGACAUAUUGCAGGCAUGGAGCAAUGGGAGAUUUGAAGCACCGGUACACAGGGUGGCGAUAAAAGGAAAUAAAGACAGAUAUGUAUUUAUUCUUUUUUCAUUUCCAAAGGAAGAAACAUCCAUUAAGGUUCCCUCUGAGUUAGUAGAUGAAGAUCACCCUCUCCGUUACAAGACAUUCUCGUAUGGAGACUACAUCGAUUUUAUUAAAACUGUUGACACUAAAUUGGGAGCACUGGAAGAAUUUGCUGGAAUUUGAUGUCUCAUUAUGAGAUCCAGACAAUACUCCUUUAUGCUAUAAUAAUAUAAUAAUGCAAAAUUAGAAUAAUUUAUAUAUUGUCUUCUUAUUUUCAUAUAAUGCAAAAUUAAUUUAUGUUGCUAUAUGAGUUGUACUCUUAUCCUAUUUUAUAUAUUGUUUUCUUAAUUUUACAGAAUGCAAAAAUUAUUUUAUAUUUA